AUGCUGCCGCUCCUUCUGCUCCUGCUGCUCUGGGGACCUGAGAGGGUGGAUGGCGUGUGGAAAAACCCUGAGGGUUACGUGCUGAAUGUGCCAAGUCAGGUGACUGUGCAGGAGGGCCUCUGUGUCCAUGUGCCCUGCAAUUUCUCCUACCAACGGGAUUAUUGGACUGACUCACAUCCAGCUUAUGGCUUCUGGUUCUUGGAAGGAUCCAAUACAAGAAAUGAUUCUCCAGUGGCAACUAACAAGCCAGAAAAACCCGUCCAGAAGGCUGCUUUGGGCCGAUUCUCCCUUGUUGGGGAUCCAAAGGACAACAACUGUACCCUGGAAAUCAGAGAUGCCAGGAAGAAGGACAGGAAGUCAUACUUCUUUCGGCUAGAGAGAGGGGAUACAAAGUGGAACUAUCAGAAACAUCUACUUGUGAAUGUGAAAGCCCUCACUCACAACCCCCACAUCGACGUCCCAGAGACCUUAGAGGCCGGGCAGCCCAGCAACCUGACCUGCUCUGCUCCCUGGGCAUGUGAAUCGGGCCCACCCCCCAUGGUAUCCUGGACUGUGGGCUCUGUGACAACCCUGGGACCCAGAACCACUCGCUCCUUGGUGUUGAGCCUCAUGCCCAGGCCCCAGGACCAUGGCACCAAUCUCACCUGCAUGGUGACUCUACCUGGACCCAAUGUGACCAGGAGAACGACCACCUAUCUCAAUGUGUCAUAUGCUCCACAGAACCUGACUGUGACCACCUGGGAAGGAAUUGGAGGAGCAUCCACGUUCCUGGAGAAUGGCUCAUUUCACCUCAUUCCAGAGGGACAGUCUCUGAGUCUGCUGUGUGCGGCUGACAGCAACCCCCCUGCUAGACUGAGCUGGUUCUGGGGAAACCUGAUUGUGAGCCCCUUAAAUCCAUCCAACCCUGGGCUGCUGGAAUUGUCUCCGCACCAUCUCACAGUAGGAGGAGAUUUCACCUGCCAGGCUCAGAACACUGUGGGCUCCCAACGUCUCUCCUUGAGCCUGGCCAUGGAAGAUGAGAAGCAAAAGGACUCCUGGCCACUGGUCUUCACUCUGAUCAGGGGGUCUGUCAUGGGAACUGUCUUCCUCCUCAUCUAUGGCCUCACUUGGAUCUACUAUACCAGAUUAAAAUCACUGUCCACUUUGGUCCAAGAAACUUCUGCUUGCAGUGAGCAUUGGUGACCAUAGAGACUCCUAACUGGUCACAGUCUUGAGAAUGAGAGAGUGGGCAAUGCUCAGCCAUAAAUUGGAUCACCC